GGCAGCUAGAAGGACUCUAUCCAUGUGUGUUAUUGCAUUGCUGAUUGAAAAUCUAGUCUGCUAAAAUCAAGUAGCUAAAAAAAACCUUGCAAAAGACUUGCAGUUUAAUAAUCAAGGAAGCCUUCUAGCUCAGUGGGAGAGCUGGGAAAGCCCAGAAGGGAAGUAGAAGCUGGAAUUUCAUAAAAGCACUCAAGUUAGCAGAAAAAAAAAACAUUCUAAAGGAUUUAUUUCAGUUUGAAUGUGACAGCUGUAAAGCCAGCUUGCUUUGAGUUCUGAAACACCGACUGAAGCAUUGUGGUAAAGACAGAUAUCAAUACAUUUAGACUGUGAUGUGAUGCAAACUCUUUAAAGACAGCCGGAGCUGAAAGAACUCGGACACUAGUUUUCUGAGGAAUAUAGGUAUAGCAGAUAAGAAGUACACCUGAAGAUAAGUCGCAUUGCAUUUGCAAAUUUCUUGUUAUGCACAUAACUUAUAUGUUAAAGCAUUAAUAAAAAGGAGAUAUUUUUUGUAAAGCUAUUAUAAACAAUCUUUGUUUGAAGCAAUUCAAAUUAAAUAUGUCACUUUAACACAAGUGACGUGUCUUGGAAAGGUUACCCUGCAGCCUAAGUGUGAAUAAAAAGCACAUUUCUGAAUUUUCUGUGAAGGCAGUAUUUUGCAGGAUAUUUCCAUUUAAAAACAGUUACAGUGCAUUGCUCCAUCAUGUCAGACCAUGAAAUUGAAGACUUUGAAGUGGACAGCCUCUCAGAUACCUCGCACAUGAUCCCAGGUCCCCCUGCAUAUAACAUUGAAGACCACCACCUGCCUCUGGAACCGCGGAGUACUUGUUGCUACUGGGUAUGGACUCUGGUCAUCACUAGCAUAAACUUCAUGGCCUUUCUCAUGAACUUUGCAUUUAUGACCCUCGUGUUCAGCAUUGUGUUAUUGCCAACUAUUGUGGUUGUAUAUUUUGGAUUUCAGUGUCAUUCAAGGGUUCUUCACUCCAACGCCUACUACUGCAAGGACAUCCUUGAUGACAACAGUUCCUCAGCGCUCAUCAUACUUGGCUUUGUCAUUAUGUCACCGCUCAUCGUUGUAGCAAUGGCAAUCUACUGCAGUCUGUCUCGGCGUCUACGGCUUUUUCUCUGCUUCCAGCCCUAUGCGAGAGCAGUGUACAAGGGAACAUGGUGGAAAGGAUAUGACAGGACUGGGAUUUGUUGCUGUGGAAAUGAAUGGGGAAGUCAUGUAAAGGCCUGGGUUUGACCAAGCUCACAUUUCCAAUUUUUCAAUCAACUUAAAUAAUAAGAGGCAUAAUAGAAGUCAAAAAAUGCCCUCUCACCUAAAGGACAUUGGUAAAAUUGCAUCACAGCAGUAUAUAGUGAAUAAUUUCCAACAUUGAUUAUAGAAGAGAAAUAUAACAUGUUAAAAGCUGUUGUACUUACUGUUGGAUGCAGUCACACUUCUGAGGCAGAUAUGUGAGAAAAAAAUAUAUAGGUAGAGACGGUGUAAUUUCAGUGAACUGGCAGUUUAUGAUUGUGGUUAACAGAGUAAAACCAAGCAGAAUGCAUUCUAGAUUGAAUGAUGUGUUCUGUAAUAACAUACCAUCUGACAAGUUAAUGCCAAAAUAAUUAUUUCUGUCACUUAUGAUAGAGAAUAGGGAUUUUCAGUUUCAAAGAACUGAAAUGGCUUUUUUUUUAACUAUAGCCCCACUUUAUAGACUAACUGAAUAUGUUAAGCAACUCAGUGCACAAACAAUGAUAUAUUAACAGAGCAGUUAUUAUGUUUCUCAAAUAUCAGACUUUGAUAAAAUAAGACAGCAAUGUAAAUAUAUUUAUACAGCUCUGCACUAAUAUACAAAUUUAAUAGGCAUAACAAAUGGCUACAAUGUAUAUUUAUUUCUAUAUCUUUAAAUAGUUUAUUGGCCUUUUUUUCUGCCACUUCUUACAUUUUUAUUCUUACAACCACAACUGGUAUAUUUACAAGUGAGCAAGAAAACAUUUACAAAGCAUCACCUGCCAGAAGCACAAGACACUAAGGAAUGUGAUGCUGGUAACUGGUUUCCAUAGGAAAUCACUGCCAGUUAGAUUUUUAAGUGUGGGCCAUCACUGAAGACUUUGUUUUGGGGAUUUCUCCUUCCUUCAAGUUGAUGCAGCUAUGGAGCUGGGAUCUAAAUGUUUGGGGGUCCGGGGAUGUGUGCACCCCACAUCUGGGUAUGCAAGGGGGAGGGCGUCUCCUACUGCAAAAAUCAAUUGCAGUUUAAAUGUUUACCCUUGUGUGUUUCAGACAUUAUUUCAAUGUUAUGAUUCCUCAGCAUUCAACCUGAGAGGUUUUAUAGCACAACCAUUAACAACAUAAUGAACAUUCUGGAAAGAUCCUACUUACAGUAGAAAUGAACAAAAAAUGCUAAAUUCUGUCACUUGUGGUAGAAUCUGUGGACCACUUAUACAGUUACUGAAUUUGAACUAAAAUGUUUGAUGUGUGUGUGUGUGUGUGUGUGUGUGUGUGUGUGUGUGUGUGUGUGUGUGUGUGUGUGUGUGUGUGUGUGUGAUCAGUCUUAUAUACAAAAUGUUGCUACCUGUAGAACAACAAAAAUGAAAAAGAUAAUGAUAUCUGAAUCUUAUAAAAAUAGCAAAGCAUGAGUCAUAAUGUAUCCACUGCCAGACGUAUCACAUUUGUAUAUGCUACUUUUAAACUAAUGAUUUGUUUUCUCAUGUCACUUUGUGUGAUUCUGAAAUCAGCUCUGAAAAGAUCUCCAUUGAAAAAUUAAGGGGCUAUACUGCAAACGUACAAAUUAAUUAAAAUUAUUAAAAUUAGGUAUUGACAUUUGUAUGCAGUGCCAAAUAAUAAAUACAUUGUACUGUAGCAUUUUUAUACAGUGCUGAGCACAGCCUUUAUGACUGCAUUAUUAUACAAAAGCUAGUUUUUUGUGUAUUUUAUUCUGUCUUGACUGUGUAGGCCAUGAAACAUGGAAUCUCUAUGAAGUCAGACAAAUUUAGGCUGGAAUGUAAUAUAAUUUUAUUUUAUUUAUUUAUUUAUUUAUUUAUUUAUUGCCUCUUAUUUGCAUGCCCCUAGCCGAUCUUCAGCUACCUGGCUGUAUCAUUUAUCCUUAAGUGUCCCUGAUACUAUUCCCUGGGGAUGGGGCAGCACUCAUGUGGGUUGGGUCAUUUAUCCUUAAGUGUCCCUGAUACUAUUCCCUGGGGAUGGGGCAGCACUCAUGUAGGUAGGGCAGGGGAAGUGGAAUAGAGCAGCUUGCAGCAUCAGAUAUGCUGGACUUGCACACUGAGGAAGCGGAUUUUUGUAUGACAUCGCACACAUUACCACACACAAUGUCAGUCUACACUUGCCCUUCUCAGAUACUGCAAUUUUAUUAGCAACUAUGGCAUGUCUCAUCGCACUCCCUUCUGAAGCGAGUGAGCUGACAAGGACAUUUGUCCCACCCCUGAAAUCCUGGUAUACCAUCUGGGGUUUAGUAAGGGCUCUAUGUGAAAGCACUGCAAAUCUGGCUGAAUGGAAUAUACAUUCUCAUCUGUGCAUUGCCUUAAAGUAUUUUUGAUUAAACUAUUUAUUGCGUAAUCACUAACAUGUCUGACAAUGAGUUGGUUUACAGAAAAAAAUCAAAUAUAAGUGUAUUCCUGUCCUGAGUGUAACUAUCUUCUAAUAGCUGUAUAUCCUAAACUUCAGACAAAAUAUAUUAUAUUUAUCAUAUGAAAAUGGGACUUUUAUUCUUCUUCGGGCAGAUUCACAACAGGGAAUGGAGCUUUCACAUUUCUUUUAACUUUCCUGCAGGAAUGAAGUGUAUACAUACUGUUCACAAGUGGAAGUCACUCCAAAAUUGAACAUUUUCUGGAUUUAUGUAUAUGUUCUUUUGUCUAUUACUUCCAUAUAUAUUAACUACAAUGUGCCCUCUUUUCCCUGUGCCCCAGAAAUAUCAUGGUAAAAUCAAAACAAAUUAAAAACAGUCUCAAAAAUGUCAGAAACAUUUUGAAUAACUUACAUCCUUUUUUCCUAGCCAGACCUUUCCAUCAGAGGUCAGUUUUUCUAUAUCAAAAUCCUAGGACAUGGCUCACCCCUACUUUAAUGUUUUAUAUAGUGUCCAAAAAAUUUACAGAAACUUGUGAUCUUUGGCUUUUUAAAAGUGAGGAAGAUCCAUUUCCUCUUGAAAUUAUAUUGGACCUUCCUUCCUUCCUUCCUUCCUUUCUUCCUCCCUUCCUUCCUUCCUUCAUCGGCUCAUAGGA